AAAAAACAGAAAAAGAAAAACAAGAAAAUUUACCACCACCAAAUAUGAUAAAGUUCUAAUGAAACCACAGAUAAAAUGAUUGGUUGAAAUUAUCAAAAAAAAAAUUUCAACCAAGAUAACAAUAAUAAAAGAAAUUAAAUUUUAAAAACUAUUAAUUUUCUAACUUUCAUUCAGGACGUUAAGAAAAUUGUAUUCAAUGCGUAUGACCUUCAUAGUAUGACCCUGCGCAAGUAACUGCAAUAAAUGGAUUUCAAAUGAGUACGUGAAAAAUUAAAACGAAAAUACUUUCAGUAAUUCAGUGAACACCGAGCAGGAAGCAGGUCUUCUUGUUUUUGUUAAUUUUUCUUAAGAAACAAAUACUUUCAUACGUGCAAUAAAUAACAUGGAACUCCUGGGUAACAUUAAAAAUUAUGAAUGGGGUAAAUUGGGCGAUUCUUCCGAGGUAGCCAACCUGUUUAAGGCAAAUAAAGAAAAUUUCGAUAUUAUAAACAACAUACCCUACGCUGAACUAUGGAUGGGUGACCAUGGUAGUGGUCCGUCAGUGGUUAAAUCAUCCGGCCAGGAAUUGGGACAAGUGUACAAGCAGCGCUUACCUUAUCUCUUUAAGGUGUUAAGUGUACGCAAAGCAUUAAGUAUACAAGUUCAUCCGAAUAAGGAAGAAGCUACACGUUUGCACAAAGAAAGACCAGAUUUAUACAAAGAUCCCAAUCAUAAACCAGAAUUAGCCAUAGCUUUAACACCGUUUAUGGCUCUCUGUGGCUUUCGUCCAUAUGGUGAAAUUUAUCAAUUUUGCCAACAAUUACCUCCGCUAAAGAAACUCUUAGGUGGCGAUACAGUGGUAAAUGGUUUGUCCAAUGGAUCUACAAAUGACUUUAAAAAAUGUUAUGAAACACUUAUGACAGCUGAUGCUGCUGACGUAUCAAGAGUAAUUGAUAUAAUAUUAAAAGACUAUAAUGAUGUUCUCAUCAAAUACAGCAUACAAGAGACAUUCUCCACCUUACACUCCGAUUAUCCUGGUGAUGUUGGUGCACUAUCGCUAUUCUUUUUAAACUUACUCUAUCUCCAGCCCGGUGAAUCGAUUUUUUUGGGAGCCAAUGAAAUUCAUGCCUACCUCUCAGGUGAUUGUAUCGAAUGCAUGGCAUGUUCGGAUAAUGUUAUACGUGCUGGCUUAACACCAAAAUUCAAAGAUGUAAAACAAUUAUUGGCGUCAUUGAAUUACACUGGUUUGCCAGGUUCUUCAAAACUCUUCCAACCCAAAGAACUGGACGCACAUAGCAAACUGUUUGCACCACCUGUACCAGAUUUUGCAGUAGUACAAAUUUCAACAUCAGCUCCAGAAUAUACAUUGAAAUUACCACAAUCUCCUGGUAUAUUAUUAGUUUUAAGUGGUUCACGUACUAUACGUUUACAAGGACAUUCCGAUUUAGUAUUAAAACGUGGUUCCAUUGUGUUCAUACCACCAGAGAAUAUGGACCGUAUCGAACUCUUAACCUUAGACAAUACAAAUAAUGAUUUUAAUGCAUAUUUGGCUACUCAAAAUUCUUUUAAUUGAAUGAUGAUUUUAAAAAGUACUUUAAAACGUUUAGUACGUGUUUUAUGUCGUUUCAUUUGUAUUUGUUACAUUAACUUUUAUGUAGAUCUUAAAAUUUUGUUAUCUUGUAUGUAUUAUGUUUAUUAAUUUUAUUUUGGCUUUAAUAAAUGUGACUAGUUUUAAUAUUUAAUAAAAACAAA